AUGUCACGUUUCCCCCUUCUCCGUCUUCCUACUUUACCUUUUUUGAAUUGUAUUCAAUAUCUGAAAGUAUUCGAGAUAAUCGAUUUCUCUCUUCUCUCGAAACGAACAAAGGCCCUCGCCUCACUUGUCAACUGGAAUCAACCUGAUAUUCAUUUAAAUUUUAUCGAAGAUUCACAAAUCUGUCUGAAAUUUCCAAACGAUCCAGGUCUGGAAUGGAUUCUAGACUUCGAAAACGAAUUUGAUGAUGAAUUGAAUCACACCUCUAGAGAAAUCGAUGGAAAUCAGUUUCCGUCAUACAUAAAUUCUGCUCUCCACGGUCCGAAAGCAUUUCAUUAUCUGACAUUUCCAAAUGAUGAGCACUUUGAAACAAUGCAAAAAAUGGUGGAGCAUGUUUCAAUGAUAUUCAGAACACCGAACCCAAGUUUCGGUAUACAUCAACAGAACGAUCCAUCGACAAUGUCAAUUGUAAAAUGGUUCUGUACAUUACAAUCAUCAGUUGUGGAUGUUCAUAUCAACAAUGAGGUAUCAACUUCUGUCCCAACAUUGUUGUUUAUUCUGGAUAAUAUCAAAAUGACUGAUCACUUUAGUUUGCAUUCGAAAAUGAAUACUCCUGAUUUCGAAUACACCAAACCAAUAGACGUACCCACAGUGAUAUUAUCCCUCUGUCAUUGGAUAAAUCUGAAAUUUAUUCUGAAUUCAACUUGUCGUGUUAUGAUUAUGGGCGCUCCCAGUUUGACUCUUCACGGCAUAAAUAGCUUUUUAAAACACUGGCUGAACGGAUCCAAUCCACAACUUGAGUAUAUUGCUAUUGACCGAUGUAUAAAAGCGACGACAAUGGAAGAGAACGUUGAAGAAGCUUUCCAGAUAAUAACAAAGGAUCUUGAUUUUAGGGAGAAUGUGGUGGAUGGGAGGAAACCAAUGCAAAUAGUGCUCCAUAAAAAGGCAACAUACCAACUAUCCAACGUGGUAUGUUAUGAUAUAGUAAGAGAGGAUGGAACCAUUGGAACAUUUCAUCAAACUUACUUUGCUCGUUCGGAUGAGUCCAAUUCCGAUGAACAUAGAGACUCAUUCGCCAUCGACAAAGUAAUGACCAACCCAUUGCGUCUAUUUGAAAUCUCAAAAGAAAAAGAGGCCAAGGAGGACUCGAUAAUAUUGGAGGGGGUUAAGGGUGAACCAACACCGUAA